AUGUCUGACGAUCGCAUGUCCUCGACUGACGAUGUCAUCGUCAGCCUCAGUUUCCCGAUCUCCGAUAAUGCUUACCCUGAGCGUCGCAUUACACUCAAUGCGGCCAGGCCUUCCAUUCAAGUCGGCCGUACCAGCAAGAGAGUGGCCAACCUAUCUGCUGCCCUUGACAAUGCCUGGCUUGAAAACCCCGUGAUAAGCCGUGAGCAUGCCGAGAUCUUUCUCGGUCCAGACACAGAGAAGGCUGUCUACAUCAAGGACCGUAACUCGAGACACGGUACUUUCGUCAACAAAGACCGCGUCUAUCCCCAUACCCCUGUCCAGCUUCACCAAGGUGAUUUCGUCAGAUUUGGUAUCGAUAUACAACGUGACCAGGGCCUCUAUCCCCCGCCCUCUGCUUCCAUCGACAUCCAGUUCAUCAAUGGAGCGGAUCACAAUACCACAGGCACUCAUACCCCUGUUGAUCGCUCAGUUGGGUAUCACGUUCCUGAGACUUCUGACGACAGUGAUGGCUUUGACAGCGACGAUUGUGACGAUGAGGACUGCAACGCAGUACGCAGCGCUGUCGCAAACCUUCGAGCUGCCGGAGAGCAACGAGCACCGAAGCAGGAUACUGCUGCCAUCACUCCAACGACUCCUGCAGUGACGCCUGGCGCUGCGCCGUCCAAAAUCAGUAUCAGCGCCGAAAUCAUCGACCUUGACCAUUACGAGCCUAAGGGUGAGACUGUCAUCGAUCUGACGGGACCCUCCGCUUCAGAGCAGUUGCCCACAGUAUCUAAACCAGCUCCUUGUGUCACUGAAGUUCUUGACUUUGAUUGUGACGACGAAGACAAAGAAGAUGUGCACCUUUCUAUGGAACCAGAACCAACUUACUCGGUCGAUCACUCCCACCAACCUAUCCAUUUUGACACGAGCGAGUCGGAACAUGAGUCUUCAAAUGAUGAUACUCAACUCGAUGGUGCUCCUUUGGGGGUGUGGAGCAGCUCAGUAAUUGCUGGCACUGAGCACACUGGAGACGAUGACGAGGACGACUUCGAGAUUGAGUCGAGUGACUCGAUCAGCAGCGAGGAUGAAUCCAUCUCAGACAUCGAUGAGUAUGAAGACAAUUACGAAGAAGCAUCCAUUGCCAUGGAAGAUGCCGCCAAAACGCAAAGCCCAUUAUCGUCAGGCUGGGGGGGCUAUCCGGAACUAUCACAAUCAGUUAAGGAAUGCAAUGAACUUGGAUUCCUUCCUGCAAUCGGGUCCGAGAAACCGCAAGUUCCUACAUCGCCGCCAGAACAGCAGUGGAUGCUUCCACCCUUGCAACAGGUCCUGGGCUCCAACGGGAUGACCAUGUCCACCCUGCCAACCAUGAUUCCUGCGGCCCCCCAGUGUACAAUUUUUGUUUCGGCUUCUGCCACGAAUUCUCAAAGCAUCCAAAAGUCACGGAAACUCCCGCCCUGGCGAGAGGCAGCCGCCAACCUACAGCCGGACCGCCCGGGCCAGUCAUUCAACACUUGGCGGUCCGAGAACGAAGAUUUCCUUCAGGCGCGAGAGUCAAACAAGCAAGAGCUUCGUCGACGCCUAUCGGUCUCCAAGACAGAGCUGCCCAAAUCGAGUGUGACUCUUCUGUCGACGCCAACAACAGAACCUGCUUUGUCGGGUAACCUCAAGUCUGAGAACGAAUCGACGGCUGCAUGCGAGCCUGUAAUACCAACAGACGACACCGAGGACUCUCUCGAUCUUGCACCGUGUUCUAAAAAUCUGUUGGUGCAGUCGUCUCCACCCGCUGAAGCCGUGUGGAUUGAUUCCGGCGACAGGUUCCUCACUGGCCCCGUGAACGACCCCGUCAUCGCCGACGCUCGCAUUAGCCCUGAGCUGGAUAUGACUAGCGCUUGGUCUUUCAACCAAAGCAAAAUGGCUACAGCUACGGUGGAGCCCGACAGCAACAUCCAAGCUAGUAUGGUUGAGUUGCAACUAAUUGGUGCACCUGUCAAAAUUUGCGAACAGUUGCGAUCUCGGACCUCUGCGAAGCGCAAGGCUUCUGACAUUUCGGAUGCUGUGCUCGGAGAGGAGGCAGUGGAGGCGGCUCUCAACGAUACCACCAACGGUGAUGAUCUAGCAGCCAGAGCGCCUUCUGCGUAUAUGGGCCGUGGCGACCCAGCAGUCUCAGCUUCCUCAGAGACAUCAAAGUCCAAGCAGAGGUGCAGCUUUGGUGUACACGAGCAUGGCUGUGACCGCCCGUCAAAGCGAUUUAGACGCAUGGCUGAGGCAGCAAGUCUUGUCGCCCUUGGCGGCGCAGCUGCAGGCGUGGCAUUUAUUACCACACUCAUCGCAACGGCUCCUGCCCUUUGA